AUUGUCCUACUGUAAAAAGUAUUGAUUUUCCACUAAUGAAAUAUGUGCAAGUCAUCGCGAGCUUAAUACAAAAAAGACCAAUAACGUACGAAGAAGAAAUAAUUUGACAGCUACUUGUUACAAAAGAACAGUGACGAAUGAACGUUAAAUAGCAAUUCGUCUCUAUAUUUGUGAGAUAUAUGAGAUACGUGAAAUAGCCAUAUUUAUAUUUUUGUUUAUAAUAUUUCUCAAUUAAAUAGUUUUUGUCGUUGGAUUUUAAACUUACCAUGAAUAAGAUACCUGGUUCAGAGGACGAGGAUGAUAUAGAAAGUUUGAGAAUCGCAGCCCUUCAAUCAUUAAAGAGAAAAAAUGCAUUCUCGGAUAUUAUACCAGCAAAUUCACAUUCAAAUUUCAGAACAGCUAAAGGAAGUCGAAAUAAAUGGGGUCGAUUCAAUCAUCCAGGAAGACCUGCUAAAAGUGGUCAAGGAAGAAUUAGAAAUACUAAUCUGAUAUCGAUAACGCCGCUACCCGACGAAACCGAUGCAACACCAAAUGACAAUGUAAUCGAAUGUUCACCUCAAGAUAAACAAGAAGAAAAUGCUAAAAAUACAGAAAAAGAUACUCGCAGUAAAUUCAACAGAUACGAUCAAUCAGAUAAAUCGGAAAGCGAAUCUGAAGACAAACAAGAAAACGAGCAAAAUAAAUUAAAAGAAUGCGACAGUUUGGAAGUUCUCAUCAACGAAUUAGAUACGGAAAUCAAAAAAGAAAACGAACUUGGCGAAGAAAAAGACGACGGCGAAAAUAAUAAGGAACAAAACGUUGUAGAAGAAAAAAUUCCCGUAUUUAGAAAGCACCCGAAUACAAGAUCCCCCUUAAGAGGAGCGUAUCAUCAAAAAAAGCACAACCGACGAUUUAAUCCGACAAUUAUUCAUCAACCGCAUCCGGUAUUCAAUCCAGUAAACCAGUUUGAACCGCAAUUGAUACCCUUCAUUAAUACCCCUCAACCGAAUCCGAUGAUUGUACAUCCGACAUUCAACGUACCACCGAUAUUUCCCCAGUACUUCGACCGACCCAUAUCGCCUCUAACCAUCGAUGCGGAAUCUCUGACUACCGCUACCAGAGCGCCGCUGUCCCCAAGAAGUGCGGCUUUCGUUUUACAAAAUAAAGCCAUUAUCGAAAAACGCAAACGUUCCCCUCGAAGAUCAUACUCGAGGAGCCCCACGAGAAGCUUAUCCCGCAGCCCUCGACGAUCUUUGACGCCUAUAAGGCGAUCUUUAACGCCGAUAAGACGAUUCAGGAGAUCGGUUUCGCCGAGGAGACAUUCCAGAUCUCCGAAAAGGUUUUCGCCUAGGAAGAGAUCAUUGUCGCCGAAACGACGAUCACUUUCGCCGAAAAGACGAUCUCCGUCGCCGAAACGGCGCUCGCUGUCGCCGAAAAGAAAAGCUACCGGGGGAAAUCCGACGAAAGGUAGACCGGUGCACGAUCGCUUAGGUCUAAAAUCCGAAGAAAUUAAAAAUAAACCGAAGGUAAAAGAAGAGGAAGAACCGCCAGUGGAUCCGGUGUUGGCUGCGAGAAGAAAGAAAUUCGAAUCGAACGAAUUGAAGAAGAAGGAAGGUAUCAUUCGAUUGAAACCCAAAGAAGACGUAAAAAACGAUGAUAUACCGGUAACGGAAGCACCUAAGAAAAUCGAACAAGUUCCUAAAAAUAUAGAUGAAACGGAAGCGAAAGUAACUACGGAAAUCGUAAAAGAAGAACCUCAGAAAUCCAACAAAUCACCGGUAGCGACGAAUAAAUUAGAAGAAUACGAUAGAUCGAAGGAUCCGGAGGAAUUUAAGGAAUUGGAAAGGCUGCUUAACGACGACGCCGUUUUAGAAGAUCUGUUGGACCAUAAAGUGGCCGAUAUAUUUUCGGACGAAGAAUCCGCCAGCGAUAACGAAGGUCGUUUCAAAGCUAAAACGAAACAAGGUGAAAAAGUACCGGUGCUGUCUUUCAAUAAAUUGGUAAACGGUACUAAAACGGAAUUGAAAACGGAAACUUUACCGACGAAAAACAGUAGAAACGAAGAGAAACCGAUCAAGGAUAAAGUGGAAAAAGACAAAUCGUCGAAUAAUCAAAGGGGAAGGCAAAAAAUAACGUUGAAAAGCGAAAAAAACGCGCCCCCUCCCGUGGAAAAGAUACCGGAACGAAAAAUCGAAAUAAAAAUCAAACACCCGUCGAAAUAUCAAAAAUGUAGUAAAGGGAAAUCGACCAAAACGGAAAGCGAAGCUGCAAGAAUACCGAUUCAAAGCGACAUCUCUGGAGGAAGUGGCGAUAUCAUCAUAGAGGAAAAGGAUGACAGCGACGACGAGGAGAACGUCGUUUUGACGCAAGGAGAUCUUAGAACUCAGUUGAGUAGAAAGAGAGCGGAAAAAUUAUAUAAAUUACCGACGGAUCACGAAUCGGUUUCAUCGCGAAUUCUUCAAUUUGCUUUACAUGGGGCGCUAUUUAAGAAAUCUAAAAAAUCAAAAAGGAAAGUUGUAUCAACCGAAGGUGUGUCUGGAAUGAAAGGAGGGAAGUUACCGAUCCAUUUCAGAUUGGGAACCUCGAAUUCUGACGACGAUAUAGUCGAAGAUGUGAAAAUUAAGAAGAAGAAAAAACGGAAAGUUCAUGAUUUAUUGGAACAGGUAUAAACACAAGUUUCACCUUUACCGCUCGGAAAAUCCACUAGUGAAAACCGGAAGAAACCACUACUCGAGUGUUUAUAAAAGACUAUUAGAUUGUAGAUAAUCGUGUAAUCUGAUAAUUCGUUAAUUCAUACUUUAUUAAUUAUAUCAAACAUAUUUCUUUAGAAAAAAAAAAAUGUAUUUUAAGUUUAGAUAUUACAUAUUUGUUUAUAUACAUUUUUCUCUCUCCUAACAUUAAGCUCCAAACUCUGUUCUUUACCAUGUACUUUUUAAGUUUAAAAUAUAAAUUAAGAAGUGUAUCGUUGUUUGU